AUAGUAUUGCACCAGAUAUUCAGCCUCUCUUCAGCAGACGCACAGCUGUAAGAGCUUUUGUACAGUUCAGCUCCUUAGCUGUGGACACAGACAUGAGUGGCCAGUCCCUCUCCUGCAUUGGCGUUCUAAGUCUGCUUUGUGUUGUGGCAUUCAGGCUGACCGAAGGAGGAAAGCUGCUUGUUAUACCACAAGAUGGAAGCCACUGGCUCAGCAUGCAUAACCUGGUGGAGAAGCUAUCUCAGAGAGGUCACCAGAUUGUUCUGGUUGUGCCUGAAGUUCACUUACAUAUAAAGGACAUAGAUCGUCACACAGUGAGGACUUUUUCGGUGCCGUACACCAAAGAGUUUAUGGACUCAUUGAUAACCGAAGCUGGUAAAGAGGUAUUUGAACAAAGGACCUUCCUGCAGAAUGUUAAGCGGGUACAUGGUAGAAUGGUAAAUAUUACCAACAUGUUCGUAGGUGCCUGUGAGAGCUUGCUUCACAAUGACACUCUCAUCAGGUACUUGGAUUCAUGCAAUUUUGAUGCUGUGUUGAGUGACCCUCUCUCCCCAUGUGGAGAAAUAAUAGCUCAACAUUUAUCUCUUCCUUCCGUGUUUUUCUUGCGGGAACUAUAUGGGCUAGACCAUGUAGCUACGAAGUCUCCAACCCCACCUUCCUAUGUACCCAGAUUUUUCACCACCUACACUGACCACAUGGACUUCAGCCAGAGAGUAAAGAACUUUCUACUGAGAUCUUUUGAACAUGUUGGAUGUCAUGUUUUGUAUGGACCCUUUGUCCGUCUAGCUUCGGACUUCCUGCGCAGGGAUGUAACCCUUGCGGACCUUUACAGCAGGGUCUCUAUCUGGCUCUUGAGAUAUGACUUUGUGUUUGAGUUCCCCAGACCACAUAUGCCAAAUAUGAUUUUUAUUGGAGGCAUCAACUGUGCCAACAAGAAGCCCCUGAACCAGGAGUUUGAAGCUCUGGUGAACAGUUCUGGGGAACACGGCUUUGUGGUUUUCUCCUUAGGGUCGAUGGUGUCUGAAAUCCCAAUGAACAAGGCUAUGGAUAUAGCAGAGGCCCUAAGGUCCAUUCCUCAAAAGGUUAUUUGGCGGUAUACGGGACCAGCGCCUUCAAACCUGGGCAAAAACACUCACCUGGUCAAGUGGCUGCCACAGAAUGAUCUGCUCGCUCACCCAAAAGCCCGAGCCUUCAUCACUCAUGCGGGCUCCCAUGGCAUCUAUGAGGGUAUUUGUAAUGCUGUGCCCAUGGUUAUGUUGCCCCUGUUUGGCGAUCAAAUGGAUAAUGCUAAGCGGAUGGAAUCCCGAGGAGCUGGCAUAACACUUAAUGUCUUGGACAUGACACCGGAAGAUCUCAGCAACGCUCUGGACUCUGUGAUAAACAUUCCCAGCUACAAGGAGAACAUUCAGCGCCUCUCUGCUCUACACCUGGACAGACCAAUCCACCCCCUGGACCUCGCUGUGCACUGGGUGGAGUUUGUCAUGAGGCAUAAAGGUGCCCCUCACCUGCGCCCGGCUGCCCACGAUUUGAAUUGGAUUCAGUAUCACUCCAUAGACGUCUUUGGCUUCCUACUCGCCGUGUUGAUCACCACACUCUUUAUCAGUAUUAAAUGCUGCUCCUUCACCUACAGAUGCUGCUGUGGCAGAAAAUCCAGACAGAAGUCCAAAUCCAAAAAAGAAUAGAGCAAGAUUAUUUAGAGUGAUAACAUAUGUCGCCUGUAACUUCAGUCCACGAUACCCUGUAAUCUGGCCCAUGAUAAGGAGCAAAAACACUGAAUUCUAGUACUUUAAGGGGAACUCCACCUUCACCAAAUUUCUAUUGUCCAAAAAUAUUUUAUUAACACCCUUGGAUAAAACAACACAUGUGCUCAGUUCUGUACAUUGGUCGCAAUUGUAUCUACCCAGCAAGUCUGUGUCAUAACUAUUGUCAAUUAUCUGUUAAGGGCAACAAUAUGCAAUAAAUCUGCCUGGAAGUUAAAAAUCA